CGCGGUGCAUUCUGGGCGGCGGCGGCGGUUCCUGAGGCGGGGAAAGCGAGCGGCCGGCCGGGCGGGGAAGGCGUGAGGGAGCCGCAUUCGCUCGCCGUCAUGCUGGCUCGGCUGGCGCUGCUGCGGCCGGGAGUGGCCGCGGGGCGCGGCUCCUACGGCCGGCGGCUUCCCCGCGGGGAGGCGGCCCUGAAGGGCCUCCCGCCGUCGCCGGCCGUAGGCGUUGCCAGGCACUCCGGGAGCCAUGCCCGCUUCUCCUCCUGCGUCCGGCGGCUUCCCCGCGGCGGCCUGCCCAGGCUCUCCCCGGCCGUGCUGCUGGCCUUGCCCCGCCACCUGGCGCCGCUGGGCCGGAUGGCGGCCUGGUGGGCCGGGCCGGCCCUGGUGGGGCUGGGGGCCGGCUUCGGCCAGAGGGUCUUCUGCCAGGAGGCCCCCAAGGUGGAGAUGAUCUGCCUGCCCGGGGAGAAAGAGCCGGACUUCAACUGGGCCAUGUUUUGGAAAUUCAUACGCCCUCAGCUGCUGGCGGUGGCGGCGUCCAUCGUGUUUGCCUUUGGGGCGGCGAUGCUCAACGUCCACAUCCCGCUGCUGCUGGGCCAGAUGGUGAACGUGGUGGCCAAGCACAUGCGUGUGGGCGACUACCUGCGCUUGGUGCGCGAGCCGGCCCUGCGCCUGCUGACCCUCUACGGCCUCCAGGGCGCCUUAACCUUUGGGUACAUCCUGCUGCUGUCCUGGAUCGGGGAGAGAGUGGCUGGCAGUAUGCGGAAGCAACUGUUCUCUUCCUUCCUCAGGGAAGAGAUUGCCUUUUUCGAUGCCAAUCAGACGGGGCACCUGGUGAACCGCCUGACCGCCGACAUCCAGGAAUUCAAGUCCUCGUUCAAGCUGGUCAUCUCUCAGGGUCUACGCAGCCUCACUCAGACGGUGGGCUGUUUUGUGUCUCUCUACUUGAUUUCCCCCAAGCUGACCGGACUGCUCGUCGUGGUGAUGCCCUUCUUGGUGGGGAUCGGGACCUUUCUCGGCACCUCCCUUCGCAGGCUCUCCCGCAAAGCCCAAGAGCAGGUGUCCAAGGCCACGGCUGUGGCCGACGAGGCCUUGGGGAACGUCCGGACGGUGCGGGCCUUUGCCAUGGAACCCAAAGAGAUCCAAGAAUACGCAGCUGAAGUGGACACUUCCUGCCGUCUCAACAUGAACCUGGGGCUGGGCAUUGCCUUCUUCCAGGGGCUGUCCAACAUGGCCCUGAACUGUAUUGUGCUUGGCACCAUCUUUGUCGGUGGUUCCCUCAUGGCCGGACAGGAGAUGACGCCCGGGGACCUCAUGUCCUUCUUGGUCUCCUCCCAGACCGUACAACGGUCCAUGGCCAGCAUGUCGGUGCUCUUUGGACAGGUUUUACGGGGCAUGAGCGCCGGGGCCCGCGUGUUUGAAUUCAUGAACCUGUCGCCGGAGACGCCCCUGUGCGAGAGACAGACGCUCACCUGCAGCAUGCUGAACGGGCACCUCGAAUUCCGGGAUGUGACUUUCAGUUAUCCCACCCGGCCGGGCUACAGAGUCUUGGAGAACUUCAAUCUCUCCAUCCCUGCCAACAAGACGGUGGCCAUCGUGGGCCAAUCCGGCGGCGGGAAGUCCACCGUGGCGGCCCUGAUGGAGCGCUUCUACGAACCCACCAAGGGCGCCAUCUUCCUGGACGGGCGGGACAUUUGCACCCUGGACGCUUCCUGGCUCCGGGGAGAGGUCAUCGGCUUCAUUAACCAGGAGCCGGUGCUGUUCAGCACCACCAUCAUGGAGAACAUCCGCUUUGGCAAGCCCUGUGCCUCCGAUUCGGAGAUUUACGCCGCUGCCCGGCUGGCCAACGCCGACGAGUUUAUCCGCAGCUUCCCUGAUGGAUACAACACAACUGUGGGGGAGCGUGGCGUGACUCUGUCGGCGGGGCAGAAGCAGCGGGUGGCCAUCGCCCGGGCCCUGAUCAAGAAUCCCAAAGUGCUGAUCCUGGACGAGGCCACCAGCGCCCUGGACGCCGAGUCGGAGCACGUGGUCCAAGAGGCCCUGAACAGGGCCGUGGCCGGCCGGACCGUGCUGGUGAUUGCUCACCGGCUCAGCACGGUCAAGGAGGCCUCCCUCAUCGUGGUCCUGUCCAAGGGCCGGGUGGCCGAGGCUGGGACCCACUCGGAGCUCUUACGGAAGGGCGGCAUCUACGCCGAGCUUUUCCGCCGCCAGGCCAAGGACAUCUGAGACGCGGGAGAUGGCGCCGCUCGGUGGGGCCGGAAACCCCGGAACUCCCCCCUUCCUUUUUUUGUAGUCAUUCCUGCCCCACUUUCGCUCGGCCUCCAGCCCCCCACCCCACCCCACCCGAGCUGGUUGCUCGGGACAGGCCCAGAGCCCGUUGCUCUGGGACGCUCUGUUGUCGGUUUCAGGGAACGCGGCUUUCGUCUCUUCCUCCAGUGCGUGGAAAAGGACGAGCCGCGUGCAAUUUGACACUUGAAUCUCUUUUUUUUUUUCAAAUACAGCCUUUUUGGGUUCGGAC